AUGUACUAUAAAUUCAUUGUUCGAUCUUUGGGUAAAACAGUCCCUAUCUGUGGCUUGAAGCGUUCUUGUUACCCGCAAAAAUUUCCUUUAAAACCAUCACAUUCUGAACCGAAUCCGGUUCAUGAGAAGUCGGUUCAAGGUACGAACAGGAUCAAGGUUGUUCCACCACAGAAUCAAGAACGAGAAUUGUUCGAUGGUUCGGUCACAGUCGGUGCUGCUCCGUCGCCAAGACACGUGCCGAUUCCGAUAUUUUGCGUAUGA